AGGGUUACUUAACCCACAUAGCGCAAGCUUGACCGCAAACUAGGCUCUAACAGGACGCCUAAAUCAAUCUCCCCGAAGAUUUACUGUGGCGUCAAUCCACCUGCUGUCGCUGUAGAGCAGCCCAGCCUCUGAUAGCAAAGGGCCCUCGCACGCCAUCGGCUGCUCGCCAGCUCGCCAUGAGCAGGGCAGGGGAACUACCUGCAGAUGGGAAAUCUACAGCGACGACCAUGGAAGACCUUAACUUGGUUCUUGGACACAAGACCUCACGGAGUCUUGCUGACAGUGAGAGUCUUGCCAGCGCCAACCGAAGCAGCAGCAGCAGCAGCAUGGGCUGUCGAGUCUGUCGCGCGAGAAAGGUCAAAUGCGACGGUCGGCCCAACGGCUGUCGCAAUUGUGAACGUCUCCAACUCGAGUGUGUUGACGAUGAUGGUUCAAAGUCUGGCAGUCGGCGUGGAUCAGUUCCUGUGUCCCUGAGGAAGAUCAGGACUUAUCGCUCAUGUACCAGCUGUCGUGUAUCAAAGACUAAAUGCGACGGCGACCGCCCGAGAUGUUCACGAUGUAGCGCCCGUAAUCUCGAAUGCCAGUAUGACGGAGGCUCGGCUCCUCGCUGGGCACGCAACCUCAGUAAGGCACCAACUUCGGGCUCGACUGAGGAAGAUUUAGAGUCCUCUUUGGAUGCUUCCUCAAUUGCUGGAGAGAGCCUGAGGUCACACAGUCUCAUCCAGUCACGGGAGAACGAUGUCGCAACGUCUCAUCGGUCAAGCACCAGAGAUACCAGCAGCAUCAAUCCACCCAUAGACUUUUCCGAUGAUACCGAGUUGUCUAUUCAUUCAUGGCUCAUAUCACCAGAUCUCCCAUCUGGUAACAAUAUUCGUACUGUAGUCGACCACUAUUUUGCCAACAUUCACCCUCUCCGAUGCUUUGCUUUUGUACAUAGACCAUCAUUUGCUCGCCUGUUAGACAAGGGCUUUGAGUCCGAUGACGAAAAGGCACUACUGCACAUUAUUUGCGCACAAGGAGCCAAGUUCUAUGCUCUGUCUAUCAAUUUGGAGGAUCAAGAUGCCAAAGCUAGCUUGAUCCGAGCUGCGGGUAACAGCUGGGCACAAAAGGCUGAAAUGCUGGUACUCACCAACUUUGGCAAGAUUUCAGUCCAAAGACUCAUGACAUGCAUAUUACUUUACGACUUCCACUUUAGACUAGGCGAAUACACCCAGGCUCUGAUGCUGAGUGGCCUCGCAGUCCGAAUGGCUCAUGCACUACAGCUCAACGUCGAAUUCUCACCCGACAUUCUCUGCGCAGAGGCCAACGAGUCAUCCCCUCCAGCCGUUGAGAAGGAGAGUCGUCGUAGACUCAUGUGGGCCUGCUACAUCCUAGAUGCCUGGACGGGUAGUGGUGUUGAUCAAUUAACACUACUGCGUGAAGCCGAUAUUAAAAUCCAGUUGCCAUGUAACGAACGUAACUUCAGACUUCGGAUCCCUUGUGUAACAGAGACGCUCGGUGUUGGCCACGUUCUACAAUUCCUCCCUCCUGCGAUUGUCCCACGAAGGCCGGCUGCCAACAUGGGUAUCAUGGCUUACUACAUCCGAAUUGUCACCUUAUGGAAACGGGUAGUCAGAUAUGUAAAGCAUCUGAAUACGAGCCCGCCUCCGUGGCUUCCCGAAUCUGACUUUGCAGCUCUUGAUGCCGAUUUGCGAUCUUGGGGACGACAUCUUCCCGAGUUCAUCUCAUACUCCACUGACACUAUUUACGCACGCCUCGAAUCCGAUCAGCUCGGGUCACUUGUCUUACUCCAUUGCACAUAUCACCACAAUCUCCUAGAUCUUUACAGAAUAUCUAUGCCUGAUCUGUUCAAGUUGAUCAAGCCUUUCUACUUCCCACCUAACCAGCAAGAGUUCCUGCAAUCUUUGCAAGCUGAUUGCUUUUACCACGCGAAGCAGAUCUCUACUAUCUUGGCUGAGGCGGUACAACAUGGUGCACGAUAUCUUGCCGAUAGUCUCCUUCCCUGCUUUGCUUAUGAUAGUAGCCGCGUGAUGCUGUACUACAUUGCAAGACUGCUUGACUUGAGUAGACCUGAUGCAGAAACGAUUGUUGUGGACGCAAUCAAUGCCGUGGAAAGUAACAGCAAGAUCCUACGGACAAUGGCAGCUCUGUUCCCACUCGCCGAUUCUCUAGCAACGACGACUGAAAGAUGGCUAGCCAAGAUUCGCAAGACUUUUGCCCAGGAUGAGCAUAUGAGCGACCGUCCUCUGCAUGGCGAUGAGGAAAGGUCUCCGAUUUUGACUGGGAGCCCCGUCACAAGCAGUCCUGACGAGGCCAUGGGAGCUCUUGGCCUGGCACGUCUUGCGCAAGGUCAAAGCAGUGAUAUGAAGCCGAUAGACCGUGAUGCUUGGAACAAGGUGGAGAGCGGCAGUCCAACUGCGAGCAAAAGAGGAGCUGGCUCUGUGUCUGGGGCGAGCAGUCAACCCGAAGUAACGCCCGCACGAUCCAAACUACAGCACGAGCAGCCAGUAUCUCAACGGACACCCCCAGGGGCUACGACUUCACACAUGGACCACCAAGCAGUAGAUCUCAGCGAUUUGCAAAACUACCUCUCGUGGGAUAUGUAUGGAAUUAUGGAGAUGAACGACAAUGGCUUGAAGGCUGGCAUAGAAGACAAUGGCAUGCCAUCCUGGAGUACGAUGUGAUCACAGAGCAUCUAAGCCAAAGACGCUAUGAUAGCACCAGAGAACCAGAUUCCAAAGGUCAUUUCAAUGAUCCGGAUGUCUUUCUCAUCGAUUUACAAUGGAAGAGAGAUGGCGACACGAGCGACUCCGGGCCAUCGGUUUCGGAGCAUCGCCCAAUGAUUGCAAUGACACAAAGUGCAAUGAGGAUCACGCAAUGCAGCGACAACGAAACGAGCCCGACGAUAUGGCAACGGAACAUCACGUAUUGUCUUUGGUCUCAACAUCCACUCCAGGAAUUUCAAAUGCGCAGAGCGUCUUGAAAAGAGCCGAUGACUCUAAAGAGCACUUUUCCGGGCACCAAUGGCCACCACUGUAUGCUCUUCGCUGCUUUAAUACCUAUGGGAUCUCCAGCAGCUGAUUGGAACUUUUUGGACAUGUCUGUUUCAUUUUUCUACAAGGUAUUGGGGGAUUUGGGAUUUUCUUGUUGGUGUUUGUGCUGCCUGUUCAUUGUCACAAUGGGAAACUUGACAUCGGAGCAUUGGAGCAUUGGGCACAGGAUGGGUGCUUUAAUAGAUUUUCGAUACCCGGUAGAUAUCAAGGUUGUUGUUCUCAGGUCUUGCUAAAGAUCGACAAAGAAAUGUGGACAGGAUCCAGUGAAGGCAUCGCGUCUUUUCCUGGGCGAGCUGAACUUCCCGUUUACGGUACAAAUCCGGAGCGGGCGACAGUAAAAUGCAAGGAUUAAAUCGAUCGACCACGAUCUGGACGCACUCCGCUCAAGAUGUGGACUCGUGAGAAUGACGCAGAAGCACUUUAGCAACCGACAGACUAGCCCGUUUCACCAGAUGGCGCGAAGAGCUAACUUAGCAAACAGCUGCUGCAUCGUGGGUAAUGGUAAGAGUUUUUAUGAAGGGAGGAAUAGGCGACUGAAUGAUACGGACGGUUUGAUUACAAGAGACGGCCUCGAGCGUUGGCUUAGAGCACGCACCAGGUGAUACGUCAAGAGCUGUGAGGGGGAGUGAAUGGGAAGAAGCAAUGGCGGAUGUCAUGGGGAGCUUGGGCCUUACCAGUACGAUAAAUGAUAGGUAAACAACCUAACUAAUCAAUUAACCCUCGGGGAUCGAUUGGGGCAAGGUUCAUGGGGCCUCGGCGAUGUGUGAGAUGUGCUGCAGAGGGCAGACGAUGGGUAGCUAUGGCAAUGCCAGGGAACCCGCUGUUAUGCUUUUUUGUUUACAUGCGGAGUGAGUGGUAGUGAAUGGUGAGAAGUACUAAGGUAACGUUGGAAAGGAUUCGAGGUACAUAAGCUUGUUACAAACAUCGACUAUAAUAGCUGCAGCUGCAGCUGCAGGUGCUCUUCGCCAAUCGUAGGCUGAGU